AUGACACACGAAUUCCCCCCUGUCUCCCUCCAUCCUCUGAUCAAAGAGGUGGUCGAUCUCCUCAAAUCCCGGAGGGAGACCAUCUCCGUGGCCGAAACAGCAGCCGGAGGCAUCAUCUCCGCAUGUCUGCUUUCCCGCCCGGGAGCAUCCUCAAUCUACAAGGGUGGAGUAACGCUCUACACCCUGGAAUCCCGCAUCGCCUUCGCAGGCUGGACCCAGUCGCACAUCGACAACUACGAAGGUCCCACGCCUGAUAUCGUCGCAGGGCUCGCGCAGCACGUCCGCAACACCCUGCAGUCGACGUAUACCGUUGCCGAGAGCGGGACGGCGGGGCCUACGGGUGGUGCGACGCGGAAUCGGACUCCAGGAUACGUCGCGUUGGCGGUGUCCACGCCACAGGGGCCGUUUACUCGCGAGGUGGAAACGGGGUGCGGGACUGAUCGGGAGCGGAACAUGGUUGCGUUUGCGGAGGAGGCGCUGAAGUUGGUGAGGGAUGUGAUGUUGGGGAAGGCGAGUCUGUAG